AAAGUUACUACAAAAAAAUUAGAGAAGUAUUGGUAGGAGGGAGUUACAAUAUUUGAGGAAACUACAACCUAGUAUCCGUCAGUUUCAUGGAUACUGUCGACGUUUCAUGCCGAAGAUAGAAAUCGUGUUUGUUGUGUUAUCAGUGACGGAAGUCGUGAAGGCUUUUUUGAUUAUUUAAAAGGUCGCUUUUAUAGAAAGAGAAAUGAGUAUUAAUCCGAUGAAAUGGAAAACUAAAAACAUUAUAUAUACAAUAAUAAUAAUUUCUAUGUUUUAUUAUCUUUUUAUUCAUAAGAAAACUAUGCAAAUGAAGAACGUAGGUAUUAUCAAUAAUACCCAUCCAAUUUAUGUAUGGGAAUUUGUAGCAGAUUUUAGCAAUAUGAGAUUAUUAAAUCCACUUAUAGAUGAUUUCAAUAUCACCGCGGAGAGUGGAAAUUACGAUCACUGGCAAUAUUCCGUUGAAUAUAAUGAACAUUUACGUUAUAUACCAUUCAUAAAAAACUUUGCUGUUGGACAUUAUUCGAUAAAAAAAGAAAACGAUGAUUAUUUAAUAAAUUCGAAUCAUAAUACUUGUUUCUUUGGUUUCAUAUGUGUGAGAACAACAUCUGAAUUUAGAUUCGAGAAAUACGAGGAAAAAAACACGAGGUGCACCGAAACCGUAGAAUAUCAUUGUCCGAUUACUGUUAUGUUUUUGUGCGACGAAGAAGUUAAGGCACAACGGAACGAUAUAAUGGAUCGAUUAAAGGCGGCGUUUUCAUCAAUAGAAAAAUAAUACUUUCGAUUUCUCGAAUUUUUACAGCCUAAUGAAAUAUUU